AUGAAACUUUUAAAUUUUCCACUGUCCCGCUACGACGUUUUGAUCACGCGAUUUUUUCUGUUUGCGUCUUUUUUGAUGGUUUUAUUUAUGUGCGAGAAUUUUUUAAAGAAAUCUUACAUGACAAGUAUAAACAUUCGAAAUAAUAAAUUAUGUUCUUUCAUACAUAAAAACUUUGAGAAUUUGGAGAAGUACCUCACAUGUGAUUUUGUUGCUUACGAUUUGGGUAUGAACGACUGGAAAAGUUUAAAAAAAAAAAUAAUAAAAAACGGAGAAGGAGAGUAUAACGAUAUGAAAGAUCCAUCUUAUAUGGAAAAAAAACAUUUUGAGAUAGAGAAGAGUUCUCAUAAAAUAAAAAGUCGUCAGAAUGAAAUGAAUGAGCAGAAGUCGACUCUGAUGAAUAGACCAAGGAAAAGCAAAUAUAACAAUACAAAUAAAAAUAAUAAGGUGAAAGGAAAUCUGAACAAGAAGAAGAAAAAAAAGAAAAAUAAAAAAAAAGCUGCACAAAAAUAUUAUACUAACAAGAUGGGAUAUUCCAUAGGUACAAAUAAUAAUAAUAAUAAUAAUAAUAAUAGCAAUAAUAAUAGCAAUAAUAAUAGCAAUAAUAAUAGCAAUAAUAAUAACAAUAAUAAUAAUAAUAUUAAUAUUGAUAGUAGACGUGAUAAGUAUAAAGAGGUAGAUAAAUAUUACCAUGAAUCAUUCAAUUAUAUUGUUGAUACAAAUAAUCCUUCUGUGGAUGAACAAGUAUUAAAAAAGGCUUUGAUGGUAUUUAAAAAAUUAGAUAUAAAUAAGAAUAAAUAUAUUGAUUAUAUAGAAUUUGAAAAGAAUGUAAAUAUUUUAUCAAGAAUGAAUGAAAUAAAUAAGAAUAUCUUAACAUAUCUUUUUGAUAUGUUUGAUAUAGAUAAAGAUAAGAAAUUAAAUUAUACAGAAUUUAUGUCAUUAAAUUCUUAUGAUUUUAAUUACAUCAAAUUAGUACAUAUAAUAUUUGAUGAAGACCAUGUGGUUGAUAAAAGAAUCGUACUUGAAUAUUUAGAAAUUUAUAUAACCGAAUUUUUAGAAACUGUCAUAGAAGAAGAGAAACAUAAAUAUUUAAGACAGCACAAUUUAAUACAAUAUUAUACAAAUCUUUUUUAUAUAAAUAAUAAAAAAAAAUGGGAUAUAAAUGAAGAUGAUAAAUUACAAAUAGUAGAAUUUCAUAAUUUCCAAUUAUCCGUAUUAAUAGAAAUAGACCACUUAUCUAAUUUUAUACAAAUUGAUUAUAACAUAGAUGGAUAUAUCGACCCUUCAGAAUUAUUGUAUUACAUUAAUGAAGAUAAACACAUGUUUAAUAAAUUUAAAAAAUAUAUUAAAAAAAUAAAAAAUAAAAACACAAACAAUAAUAACAACAACAAUAAUAACAACAGUAAUAAUAAUAACAUGGAUGUUUUUAAGUUUAUGAAGGAAGAAUUAAAUAUUCCAGAAGGAUUGUUUUUAAAUAUAAAAUAUUUAUAUUAUUCAUUUGAUAUAAACAAUGAUAUGUUAUUAAAUUUUGACGAGUACAAAGAUCAAGUUACUACGUUUUCCGUCCUCGAUUCGGCUCCAGACAUAGUAUAUGCCACAUGA